CGAGAUUGUCUCUCUUUACUCGUUCACGGGUCUGCACAUCGACCUGUCUCUACACUCUCGAUGAUGCCAAGAAAUGGAAUCGGAAACUCGAGCAGUAGCGAAGGUGCACGAAUAGGAAAGUAAGCGGGCCGGAGUUGUGUAGUAGUACUCGGUUCGCAUCAGCUGUGCGUUACUACUUUGGUUCAGUCGCACGGAAGCAUCCGAACGAGUGGUACGUGUUUAGAAGCAAACGUCGGAUAAUAUCUUGGCGAUAUCCAUGGGUUACCGGUUAUUAUAUCAUUCAUUGAGAAAAUCGUUGGAUUGAGUAUUAACGAAGAUGGAAUUACACAGCAGUCCGGCCGUAACGUCGUCGAAAAAAAAUUCCAUUCAUGGAGAUGAGACAACGUUCAAGGAAUCGCUCGGCAAUGGCGGUACUUAUGGAGCAUUCCAAUCAAAGGAUCCAAUCUUAUCGAUGGAAAAGGGAGGAGAAAUGAAAGCUGGAGUCGACGAGCAUGGAAUGACCGUAGAUCAUCCAACUUCGUAUAUUGAGACCAUGAUGCACCUGUUCAAGGGUAACGUCGGUUCCGGUAUUUUCGCAUUAGGCGACGCCUUUAAACAUGCCGGGUUGUUACUGGCACCACCCUUAACCAUCUUCCUCGGAAUUAUUUGCGUUCACGCUCAACACAUUCUCGUACAAUGUAACGAAGAGGUAAAACGUCGUAUAGGUGACUCGAGUAUCCAGCCUGGUUUUGCUGGUACCGUUGAAUUGUGUUUUGCUACGGGACCAUUAGCGCUUCGAAAAUAUUCAGUUUUCAUGAGAAAAAUGGUUAAUUUAUUUUUAUGCGUAACGCAACUCGGAUUCUGCUGCGUGUAUUUCGUUUUUAUUUCGACGAAUAUGCAACAGGUGUUAAGCGCCCACAACGUUAAAAUGAGCGUCCAUCAACACAUGGCGAUCGUCUUGAUACCCAUCAUACUCAGCACGUGGAUAAGAAAUCUGAAAUAUUUGGUACCUGUAACUUCGAUCGCAAAUUUUUUAGUAAUGGCUGGCUAUAUAGCGACGGUCUAUAUUAUGAGUCACGACAUACCGGCGAUUUCUGAGAGGCGGUACGUUGCCGAUUGGCACGAGUUACCCCUCUUCUUCGGUACCGUUAUAUAUUCUUUUGAGGGCAUCACUUUGGUGUUGCCGUUGAAAAACGAGAUGAAGAAGCCAAGCAACUUCAACAAACCAUUCGGUGUAUUGAACGUAGGUAUGGUCAUCGUGGGUGCCAUGUUCGUAGUAAUGGGUUUCUUGUCCUAUUUAAAGUACGGUGACGAUGUUCGAGGCUCGGUCACUCUGAAUCUCGAAUUAACGGAGGUAGUGGACGGGAAAAAGAUCUACUCGCAGGCAAGCUUGCCUCAGUGCAUCAAGCUGGCUAUCUCGUUGAGUAUAUUACUGACCUAUGCUCUGCAAUUCUACGUACCUAUCGCUAUUAUAUGGCCCGGAAUCGUCGAACAAUUCGGUCCCUUUAAAUGGCCAGUAAUCUCAGAAAUCGUCUUCCGAUCUGCUUUGUGUUUUCUUACGUUUGUUUUGGCAGAGGCUAUACCAGAGCUGGGUCUCUUCAUUUCUUUGGUCGGUGCAGUGAGUAGCACGGCACUGGCCCUUCUCUUUCCACCCAUCAUCGAGUUGGUAGUAUGUUGGCAAAAUACCAACUUAAGUCCCUUUAUGGUUAUUAAGGACGUGACGAUCGUGCUGAUCGGUUUACUGGGUUUCGCUACGGGAACCUACGAGAGCAUCACAGCGAUCAUCAAAGCAUUCGAUAAAUAAUCAUUCAACAUUGUACAAAGUCACAUUUGUUGUUUACAUUUUUAUUAUAUUAUUUUAAAAAUAGACGCGCGCGCGAGGUUAACGGACCAUGACAUCCACGCAGGACACGAGUAGAUGUAAUGGACGGCGACGCUUGUCACGAUACAGAAUCAUCAUCAUCAUCAUCAUCAUCAUCAUCAUCAUCAUCAUCAUCAUCAUCAUCAUCAUCAUCAUUAUCAUGAUUAUUAUUAUUAUUAUUAUUAUUAUUAUUAUUAUUAUUAUUAUAUUUAUAUAUAUAUCUAUAAAUAUGUAUUAUAGUUAUAGUAGUAACUAUUUUACGUUGGAAGGAUGGCCAAUGACGAUUGCACAGAGUUUUUACGUAUUGAAUGCACAUUUUCUCUUUACCCGUUUUAAUUCCGAAUCAAUUUGGAUAAUAUUUUAAUAUCGAUAUAAUUAAUAAAUGAAUGUAAAUGAUUAUUUUUGGAAAUCCAUCGAAAGAAUAACGAAAGGUUGGUCCAUCCAGCGUUAUGCGCAACUAUCGUAGGUCUAUCAAAGUUUAGUCCGUUUAUGUUGCUUGUGAUAUUGAAAACGAUGCGAAAGCGGAGUUUCAAUCGUAGAUCGAUUAAACAUACAUAGAUAUAUAGGUAAUAUUUAAGGAAGAGAAAAAAAACAAAAAGAAGAAACCGACUGUUUUUGCAAUUAUCGUGAUAUACAUAGUUAGUUUACAUUGCCCGUCCUAAGGACUCUACCCUCCCGCGAUUAAUUAUUAAUUCUAUGUACAUACAUAUACAUAUACAUAUACAUAUACAUAUACAUAUACAUAUACAUAUACAUAUACAUAUACAUAUACAUAUCGAUAUCGUAUCUGGUCCAGGAAGAUCGGAUCUGUAUUAAUAGUAUUGCGUACGAUAAGCGAAGAAAUUUCUAUGUUAGGUCAUAAAAAAGGAACGCCUCUUUGCAAACGUUUAAAGUACAACUUUAUAUCAAUUCUAAUUAUAUGCCAUUGCAUAACGAUCGGUUUACAGUCCUUUACAUUUUUUUUAUUAUAGAUUUGACACGUGUUUGAAAAGUGACUAUUAACAUUUUUUAUCAAUUAAAGUCUGACAAAAGUCAAAUGACAUUGCCAAUCUUUCAUUAUACAAUGGCUAAGAAUUAUAUCCUUUAUUCCACGUAUGAAGAACGAUAAAGUGUACUUUUACCUUUUUCUUUUCUUUUUUUCUUCUUUUUUUUUUUUAAAUUAUUGCAAAAUUAUUAAAUCCAUUUUCCGAAGGAUUCUUAUGACACACGAGAUAAGUCAAAGGAUUCGAUUGCUGCCACCUUUCGUGUGCAACUUAAAAGUGCAUUGGGUCGAUUCAAAGAAUAUAUUUAUAAGUAGAAGAAAAAAUCAAAUGAAACGAAACAAAACGAAACAAAAUGAAACAAAAUGAAACAAAACAAAGAGCAAGAAAAGAGACCGACCAUUCUUUUCCUUUACGUAGGUUACAAAAUAAAAUUAUAAUGUUAAUCUUUUUAUAUAGCAAAUUUGUAAGACAUUAACGUGAUGCGAAAAACAAAAAAUAGGACACUUAAAAAUUAGGGAAAUACGUAUGAAAAUUCUUAUUUGUCUUUUUCUAUAUAUAUAUAUACACAUAUAUAUAUUUAUAUAUUUAUGUACCGAUAUAUAUAUAUAUAUAUAUAUG